AGGGGUGGAAUGAACAAGCACGUAUGGCAGCCAGAGGAAGGGAGGGGUGUGUGUGUGUGCGUGCGCGAGUGUGUGGGCCGAGGCUCCAGUGAAUGAGGAAGCAGCCGAGCCAUUUUUCCUCUUGAGAAACUGCAUGCUGGUCCACCCGUGCUAGAGAGGCAGCGAGCGAGGCGAUCAAAGUCCUCCUCCCGGAGUCUCUCCGGGGUCCUCGCGAGGCCGGCCUUGCGUGCCUCCCCGCUCGCCGCUUGCUUUUCAUUUCAGUUAGGGAGGCCCCCGAAGAGGACACAAUGGAGCGCAGAGCCUUUGGCAACUGGGCCGUUGUACUACUGAGAGGGGGAUGGGGCAGAGAGAAGACCGGUUCACACAGCUAACGCAGCCUGCCGGCUGCCGCCUAGCCUGGCCUCUCCUCCGAUCCCGACCCAGCUCUUCCCGUCUGCCGGGCUAUUUUUUUCCUGGAACAGCCAACCCCCCCACCACCCCUCCUCUCAAAACUCCAUUUGGACUACGCAAUGGAUUUACCCAUCAUGUUUUGUGGGAUUUUAGGAUACGCACCAUAGCCUCGAGUUUUAAAUCUGCGUUCUGGAUGACAGAAAAGGAAAAACAAAGUUUCCUAAUCGCUUUUUAACCCUUCUUUUGGGGAUUGUGGCUUGUUUCCGUGCGCUGGAGUUGAUCUAAAUGGAUUACAAGAUGCAUGCCAAGUCCAACGAUUUGCUGGAUUUCCAAAAACUGGAUGCCCUUCUGGAAAAGAUUGCACAUUCAGUCUCGGUGAAAAGAGAGUCCGGCGAGGAGUGCAAUGGGAUCAGUGGUGCUCUGUCAGUGGAGUCUGUGCCGGGGCCAAGAUUGAACUGGUGCACUGCCAACAGCGCUCCCCCUGCCCCCGCGCCGGGGCCCGAGCCCAUGCCCAACCCCGUCAGGAUGGGGGACGGGCUGGACGCAGCGCAGAUGUCGAGCAGCAGUAGCAGCAGCGGCGGCGGCGGCCAGGGGCAGCCCCACAGCGGCGGCAACCCCCCGCCCCCGGAAUACAUCAACCUUGACAGGCCUAAGCGCCAGACCAAUCAGCUGCAGUACCUGCUCAAGGUGGUGGUCAAGUCCCUGUGGAAGCACCAGUUCGCCUGGCCCUUCCAUUUACCGGUCGAUUCUGUCAAACUCAAUCUGCCCGACUACUACACCAUCAUAAAAAGUCCGAUGGACAUGGGAACAAUCAAGAAAAGGCUUGAAAACAGCUACUACUGGAAUGCCCAAGAAUGUAUCCAAGACUUCAACAAGAUGUUUACCAACUGCUACAUGUACAAUAAGCCUUCGGACGACAUCGUCUUAAUGGCCAAGGCGCUAGAGAAGGCUUUCCUCCAAAAGGUCGCCGACAUGCCUCAGGAAGAAAUUGAGAUUGCCGUCAUGACAGGGAAAGGCCGGGGCCGAGGUCGGAGAGACGCCGGUCUCAGCUUGAAACCCGGGGCGAUCAUCGACCCUUCGUCCACCACCCCUCAAACGCGAGGUCUGUCCAACCUCUCGGCGGUGGCUCAGAGCAGAGGACCGGUGCAGGGCCCGCCUUCACUACCUCCUCAGCCUUUAAUGCAGGCCCUCCCGUCCCACGUUCCCCCGACGUUACCGGGCCACGCGGCGUCGCUCGGAGCGCCUUACGCUUUGGGCCAAUUGGAUUGCACUCUGCAAGUUCCCAUGAUGACCUCCGUGCCUCCUCCUGUUCAGACCUCCCUUCCCCCGGCGUCCAUCCAGAGCACCGCCCCCAUGCUGCAAAACCCGAUCACCAUGACCAAACAAAGAAAGAGCCAGAAAAGAAAAGCGGACACCACAACACCCACCGCUAACGACCAGCUCAGCGAGUCCUCGCCGGCCGAGUCCAAGUCGGGCAAGACCCUGCCCAGGCGGGAGAGCACCCGCCCCACCAAACUGAUCAAGAAAGAGGCGCCCGACUCGCAGCAUCAAGUAGCCAUGGGCCUGGGAAUGAGCGGGCCCAGUAGCGGCCACAGCCCCGUCCCGCAAGAUCAACUGGGCUAUUGCUUAAGUCUGGUCCGGGAGAUGUUGUCCAAGAAGCACACCAUCUACGCCUGGCCCUUCUACAAACCCGUCGACGUGGCCGCGCUCGGCCUGCACGAUUAUCAUGACAUCAUCAAACAUCCCAUGGACCUCAGCACCAUUAAGGCCAAGCUGGAGAACAGGCAAUACCGGGAGCCGCAGGAAUUUGCUGCCGACGUGCGGUUAAUGUUUUCCAACUGCUAUAAAUAUAAUCCGCCUGACCACGAGGUGGUGGCUAUGGCACGCAAGCUGCAGGAUGUGUUUGAGAUGCGCUUUGCCAAGAUGCCAGAUGAGCCCGAGUCCAAGCCGCUCGCCUCCGUCCCGGCGCCUCCGCUCCACCACCCCGCCCCGGUGAAACCCCAGCCUCCCAUGGCCCGCGUCGCCUCCUCCUCCGACAGCUCCAGCGAUUCCUCCUCCGAGUCCGAGUCUUCCACCGACGACUCGGAGGAGGACCGAGCUCAGCGGCUGGCGGAGCUCCAGGAGCAGGUCGGUAUCAAACGAGAACACUUUGGUUACACCGCCAGUCCUCGUUCGCGAUUAGCACGCGCUCCCCUUGUCUCUGUGCAGCUGAAGGCCGUCCACGAGCAGCUGGCCGCCCUUUCCCAGCCGCAAGCCAGCAAACCAAAGAGAAAAGAGAAGGAAAAGAAGGAGAAGAAGAAAGAGAAACACAAGAAGAAAGUUGGCAUGCCCUGCCUCGUCGAGGAGAUCCAGGAUGCCGCACCUGUUUCGCAGCUGUCGAAAAGGACCAAGACGAGUACAAAUAACAAUAAAGAGCUUCCCAAGAAGAAAUCCAGUAAAAAAGAGGCGAUGAAAAACAACCAGCCCCCCAACCUUCCGCCCAUCCUCGGCCUGGAAGACGACCCGGCGGGCUCGUCGGCCUCGUCGGAGAAAUGCAAGCCAAUGACGUACGAAGAGAAGAGGCAACUCAGUCUGGACAUCAAUAAGCUUCCCGGCGACAAACUGGGCCGCGUGGUCCACAUCAUCCAGUCGAGAGAGCCCUCGCUCAAGAACUCCAACCCCGACGAGAUCGAGAUUGACUUUGAGACGCUCAAGCCUUCCACUCUGCGAGAGCUGGAGCGCUACGUGUCCACGUGCCUUCGCAAGAAAAAGAAGAGCGGAGCUGAGAAAUCUCUGGAGUCUAUGGUUUCUUCCAAAAAGCCGGGAUCUUCUUCAGACAGCAGCGGCUCCAGCUCCGAUAGCGAAACCGAAGCUCCGGGGAUGAUGAAAGCGUUAAAGAAGAAGGCCCAACCUGUGAAGGAGAGCAAGAAGACGCAUUCGCACAUGCCGGGCGCCCCCGCUCAGCUUGCGCUUCAUCAAAUGGCGACUUUUCAGCCUCCGAUGAAGCAGCAUCAGCCCCCCCCACCUCUGGACUACAUGCCCCCUCCCGUAGCCGCCCUGGAGUCUUCCCAAAUGCUGGAGAACAGCUUCGAUCCCUUGCCGUCGUUCGGCCAGCCCCUCAUGCAUCUUUCCCACCAUACGGGAAACUCCUCGUCCCCCGCCCCGCCUCAGCUCAGCGCCAAUAGCGCCGGGCCGGUGUCCCCCGAGACGCACCCCUUCCUCAACCAUCCCAUUCUGCCCUCUCCAGCCUUGCACACUUCCAUGCCUCAGCAGCCGUCUCGACCGAGUCACAAGGCAGCGCCUCUUCAUCCCAAACUUGCCCAGCAGCAGCAGCCAGCGCCUCCCCAGCAGCAGCCAGUGUUGCAGCAGCAGCCGACAUUGCAGCAGCCUGCGUUGCAGCAUCCCCCUCUCCAGCCCCAGUCGGCCCCUCCGCCGCAUCAGCUUCCCCCGCAGAUCCUCCACCCUCCUCAGCCCAUGCAUCAGCGGCCCCUGUCCCCGCCCACACUCACGCCGCAAGGCUUGCUGUCUUCGCAGCCUCCCCAGAUGCUGCUGGAGGACGACGACGACGCGGUCUCCUCGGCGCCCCUCAACCAAGUGCAAUUGUACCUGCAGCAGUUCCAACAAGCCCGUCAGCCCCAGCAGUCUUUGCAGUCGCUCCAGGCGCAGGCUCGUCAGCAGCAGCAGCAAGCGGGACAACAGUCGUCUCUGCUCCAGUCAAUCCAGAGCCAACCCCAACUCUCCUCCCAAGCCACGCUGCCCACUCCCCAGCUCCCGCUUCAGGUGCAGGCUCCGGUAGCCCUGCCGCAUCAAGCCCCGUCCCAGCAGAUGUCCCUCCACCAGAGUCGCCACCUGCCGCCUCAGCAGCAAGCGCCGCCGCCCCCGCAGCAGCAACAGCAGCAGCUGAACUACCAGCAGGUUUCCACGCUCAUCGGUCAGCCUCAGGGGCCUUCACACAAGGUGGCCAUGGCCACCGGCAACAAAGCACAGCAGAUCAUCCAGCCCCUGGCGCAGCUGUCCCCUCGGCCGCCCAAGCCGGACCUUUUCAUCGGAGGUCACAUGAGGGACAACCCAUCCCCUCUAAUGAUGCAUUCCCCGCAACUUCCUCAGUACCCGCCCGUGUCUCACCAGUCUCCGCCUCACAAUAUGCAGUCCAAAAAGCCGAGGGUGCCCGGCAAUCAAGUAGCGCUCAAAGACGACAAACUUCCCCCCUCACCCGUGAUGAGAGGAGAGCCUUUCAACCCAGCCAUGAGGCCCGAGCAUCACAAGCAUCCCGACAGCAAGCCCACUCAGCCGGGCCUCGGCCAACAGAAUGUGAAGUCCUUGGACAGCUCUCGGCCUGUCAUCCGCUCUUCUGAGCCCAGCAUACCGCCGCCCUCCCUGCAAGACAAGGAGAAGUUCAAGCAGGACUCCAAGGCUCCCUCUGCACCCAAAAAGGAUGUGAAACUGAAGAACAUGGGCUCGUGGGCCAGUCUUGCCCAGAAGUCCACGUCGACGCCGAUGUCCGCCGUCAAGUCGUCGAGCGACAGCUUCGAGCAGUUCCGCCGGGCCGCCCGCGAGAAGGAGGAGCGGGAGAAGGCACUGAAAGCGCAAGCCGAGCAGGCGGAAAAAGACCGAAUGCGCCGAGAGCAGGACAAACUUCGAGGUCGAGAUGAUGACGAUGUCCUGGAGACGAGCAGGAGGGUGCACGAGGAACCGCGCAGGCGUCUGGAGCAGCCGCAGCAGCACAUCCAAGUGCCCCCGCAGCAGCCCGAGCCUCCGCCAGCUGUGAUCCGAACGCCCCCCCAGCAGCAGCAGCAGCCGCCGCCGCAGCAGCAGCCGCCACCGCAGCCCCCCACGCCGCCUCAGCCCGCCGCCGUCCAAAGCCCACUCGACCAGCAGAGGGAGAUGGCCCGCCGACGGGAACAGGAGAGGAGGCGGCGAGAAGCGAUGGCAGCAACAAUUGACAUGAAUUUCCAAAGUGACUUAAUGGCGAUCUUUGAGGAGAACAUCUUCUGAGGAGACGAGGAAUGGAAAGACAAGGAGAAGGAAAGGAAACAAACUGCAAAUCAAGACCCCCUCCCGACACACACACAAAGAGGGGACAAGCAACUUUUUUAAAGAGGGACGACUGAGCGGACGUCACGUCAUCAUUAUCAUCACCUCCCUUUGGGAGAAAGACGCCAUGUCGGUACUCUUUGCCUUUUUUGCCUCCGCCAUCUUGCGGGGGGGUGGAGGGGUGUAACGACAACAAUAAUUUGGACUCGAAGCUCUGAUUCUUUACUGACACAAGACGCUUGGAGCACGCUUGUUUCUGGAACUGAAGUGGACAACAAGAUUUGCUCGUUUUUUUUUUAUGAUUGUUGUAUGUGAACACAUGAGAUGAGCGGGGCGGGCGGGCGGGGGAGGGAGGGUGGGGGCUUCCACACUGUAAAACAUGUCUAUCUCUCAAUAGAGAAGGUACACUUUGCCUUACACAUCUCUCUCUUUAAGACCAGGAGGUUCUGUGGCCUGCACACGCACGCACACACACACACACACACACACAGUUGAAAAAUGACAUUUACUACAAACAACUACGACAUGUAGGAGCAGUCAUCCUCUUAGUAUCUACUGUAAAGAAGUAUUUUCUUAUACUACAAUAACUCUUUAUUUUGGAGCUUUUAUUUUGACUUUUCUUUACCGACACACUCCACACACAGACACACGCAUCUCUAUGCCAAACAACUUUUUAUGCUCGGUCCUCGUCAUGUCAUAGGUAGCUAGAUAAAUUUUUAAAAAAAAUAUAUGCAUUAUCAUAGCUCCAGCAAGUAUUUAAUUAACAGUUGAAGUCAUAUUUUGAAAUCACUGACAGGACACAGAGGUUGAUAUUCCAGAGCUUCAGCUAUUAUUAUUACAAUGGUGGUUUCACUACAGAACAAAAAGCUUGCACCGCUUUCCUUGUACUCCAUAUCGGCAGUCACACUACUGGAUUCACUCGGACACAUUCUCUAAUUUACAAGUUUAAAAAAAAAAAAAAAAAAAAAGACUGAUUGGAGCCCGUUUUUAGUUCUUUUUAGUGGACGUGACUUCUUUGGGAUGACGUUGUCUCUCCUGGUGUUUGUUUUUCUCCAGUGCCUGUAUUAAUUUUAUUAUUAUUAUUACUAUUGUAUUGUAAUUCUCCUUUCGCUUAUGUUACACUCAAAGGGGGCGGGGCUAGAGUGUAAUAUCUGAACAGGUGAGUUUGAGUGAAUGUCAUUCUUUUUGUUUGUUUUUCAACAAGUUUGUGUAUAAAAGAGGAACACAAAAAGCGGAAAAAAAAAGGACGUUUUAUAUCUGACCCGACAUUUGGGAUUUUAAAUGUGGCUGGACUUUGCUCUCGUUUUAGUCUCAGCGUGGACACAUUUUGCUUUGGAUUCUGCCCAUGUGUGUUUGUGUACAUUUGAGUGGCUGCGCGGUUGUGUGUGUGUGUGUUUAUAACUUUUUUAAACAUAUUUGCGUUCUAUUGAAGAGAAUAAACAGUACUUCAGGAGAA